GUUGUAGCGCUGCAGGACUUCGCCUUUGGUGAUGACCAUCGCGAGGGUAGCCAUCAGUUUUGCCAGCUAGGUUGGAACGCGCUCAUUCACCCCAUCAGGACCACGGACAAGGGCGGGCUGAGUUGUGGGACAGGGAUUGCAGUCAGGAGUCACAUCGGGAUGAGUUCCUUGCCGCUCGUCCGCCCAUUGCCACAGCGGCACCGUAUCUGUGGAGCAUGGCUAGAUAUGUUCGUCCUAGGUGGUAUAGCGGCGUUCUCCCUCUACCUCGAUUGUGACGAUCCCUUGGGCCUCGACAGUUUCCAGAUCCCCAAUAGGAUCGGAGAGGCUCUUCGCGGCUGGCAGUUGCCCUUCGCGAUGGGCGGGGACUUGCGCGUCGCCGAAGCGCGCGCCGACCCGUCAGCUCUGGGCAGGGGCUGCGUUGGGCGUUGCAAGAUCUUCGGGGAUGAGACGAUGGGCGUUCGCGGCGUCGACCAGAGCGAGGUCUCCAAGUAUCGUGGUCGUGCCAAAGGAAUGAAGACCAAGACCUACCCAGCUGCCCCAGUCACGGGCGGGGCCGUGGCCAUGUCAGUGGGCGACCCGGCGAGCCUCGAUUUCGUCGGCCCAGUGCAGUUCUGUACCAAGGCCAAGCGCAACGCAGAGCGCGUUGAGAAGCAGUUUCAGUCGGAUCGAGGCAAGGCCUGGCGUUUUCGGGUCAGAGCGAGUCUGGAUACUGGGGCUGGACUGGCCCGCGCGUUCACUUCAGUCCCCUCGGGCCGGGUUCCGUCGAACCCUGAAGGAGUGCCCCCCAGUGGGCCCGCGGGGCGCGUCGACGACCUCAUGGACAAUUGGAAUGGCAUUUGGCCCCCAGAGCGCAGUUUCCAGGAUCUCCCAGAUCACGCGGGCCUGCUCUCCCAGCAAGAUCUCCGAGUUCGCGAGGGGCCCAUGGAGUUGGCCGCGCCGGAGCAGAUCCGAAAGUGCUCUAGCGGGCUCAAG